AUGGUUGUUCAAUCCAAGAGCAGUAGCAGUGAUGCAGAUGUCCAUGCUGAUCAGGCUAAUGUCAUUACCGACCUUGUUAUCAACAGCAAUUCUACUACCGUUACAACGAAAGCUGACAGUGAAUGUGAGCUCGAAGAAGAUCUACCCAAGGAGGACAACGAAGUGGUUGAUAUCGAGGAAGCGAAUGACGUCCUCGUCGACUUGGAAGUUGCCAUGGUAGAGGGGAAGCAGGAAGUUGAUGUGGAUUUGGUAGCAGAGCUGUUGAGUCAGCUGGGUAGUCAAAGCAACGAUGAGGAUUGUACAGAUAUGCGAGUUCCCAAACAAAAAGUGGAUCUGCAGGACAAGAGGCCGCGAACAGGUGGCGAUUCCUGCACAGAGACAAGUCGUACCUACUUGAGCAAUCUCCUCGGAGAAGAUCAAUUCAAAGAGGAUAUCGAUGUGAUGAUCGAUGAAGUGGAUGACGUUCUAACAGACCUGGAGAAUGCAUGGCCACCACGACCUUCCCCAGCUUCUCGCGCUUCUUCCUUUGUCCACCGUUUCUUCCCACGUUCCCACAGCCAUCACGAUGUUGGUGCCAAUCGAGAUAAUGACCAUCAUGCUAACGUCUUCGCCGCAUCUGUGUCAGCCCCUAGUAUGAUCACAAUGAACCGCAAACAAUCAGAUCCCCAUUCGUCCGUGAAGCGCAGCAUGCUACUCGCACAAGAUUUCUCCUUCAAGAUCCCUAGCAAUACUAGAGGAAUAUCGGAACGCACAUUUGGUGUAGAAACUGUCAUUGAACCCCACAAUGGUGACACGGCGGUUCCAGUGUUUGUGGGUCUUGAUGACACUCCAGAGGACAAGGCUACACUCCAGCACCAAAUUCGAGAACUAAUCUCCGAAGCUCAUUGGUUGAUCCAAGUGUUCACCACGAUUGUUGCUGCUUUUCUCACGUAUAGUCUUGUGAAUGAAGGAGAACAAUUCAACCAUCAGAUUGCCACCAUGGCUGUCAUUGUGCUGAUUGGCGAGAGUCAACCACAGCUGGUCACGGCGGCUGGGUGUGGGGCCUUUGCGGGUGGACAGUACACACAGACGAUUCCCAACUACGGCUGGCUGUUUUUGCUGUCGAUUGCAACGGCAAGUGCAUGGCUUCUAGUGCAGCGGUACAAAUUGCUGCUUGGAUUUAGUGGCAGGCUCGGAACGACCACAUUCAUUGCGAUGAACACAACGAUGAUUCUAUUCAUUGGACCUUCCAAAGCGGUUCCAUGGAAUCAAUACGGCAAUGCCGCGUUGUUGUGGGGUGAUCGACUCCUGCUAGAACCUUCCUUGAUGUUUUUGGCAAGUGUGAUUGUUAUGGCUGGAGUUUGUGGAGCUUUCCGGCUCAACGCGAAGAUGCCCGUGAGCCCCGUGCUGUUGCCGGUCAAAUUCGCCUUACUUGCAAUGAUGAUUGUCAAUGCAACUGGAUAUUCCUACCGAAACGCCUGUUUCAACGGGUUUGCGGUUGGAGCCUAUGUUGCCAUGGCAUCCGAGGCCCGGAUUCCAAGUGUUUUGUCCUUUGUUGCGGCCGGAUGCUUUGCUGGGUUGUGGGGCUUGUUCUUGGCCCCCUUCUUCGUUGGGUUUGGUGGCAAAGGUGGAUUCACGGCAACUCUUGGAUACACUACCUACUACGUCUUGACAGUUGUGCUUUCGAAGAUUCGCAGUAAAUUGUGA